UGAUUUGUCAAGAAUACCGUCCCGUGUCCCAAGAGCACCAAAUUAUUUUUACUCUCCAACACCUGGCGCGUACACGACACGCACCGUCAUAGUUCCCCAAUAACGCAACUCCCGCGCCUGCAAUAUCUGCCUAAAACCAAUCUCAACGGGUCAUCAAUCCAAUCCAACAGUUAAAUACCCCACAACUGCCAACCGGACGACACGUGUCACAUAAAAUUCCAAAUCCUCACGCGCUCUUCUGGAGAGCCUCAAAUUCUAUUCGCCCAACCAAUGUGCUUCGAUUCGACAUUUCCCACUUUUUUUCUUUUCCUUUUUCAAAACCCAAAACCAAAACCAUUGAUCAUCAUCAUAGAGAGAGAGAGAGAGAGAGAAUGGAGAUAGUUCUUGCAGAAUAUAUGUAUGCAACAAGGGCAACAUAGAUCUGCUUUGUCUGUAAGGUACAUAAAUUCCGGUUUCUGUGCGUCCAAAGUGACAUCUUGACACUAGCUGUUCCAGUUGUACAAUAUUGUUCUCUAGGGAUAUAUAUUCAAGUAUGGCAGGUGGAAUAUCAAGCUUUUGGGGUCCUGUUACGUCCACCACUGAUUGGUGUGAGCAGAAUUACGCCUACUCUUCUUAUAUUGCAGAGCUUUUCAACACUAUGUCAAAUAUCCCAGGCAUUAUCUUGGCACUCUUUGGUCUUGUGAAUGCCUUGAGGCAACGCUUUGAGAAAAGAUUUACUGUCUUACACAUAUCAAAUAUGAUUCUUGAUAUUGGGAGCAUGUUAUUCCAUGCCACACUGCAGAAAGUGCAACAGCAAGGUGAUGAAACCCCAAUGGUAUGGGAAUUGCUCCUCUAUAUCUACAUCUUGUACUCACCGGAUUGGCAUUACAGGAGUACAAUGCCUACCUUCGUUUUCAUCUAUGGUGCAGUAUUUGCCCUUGUGCAUUCACUGGUCCAUUUUGAAAUUGGCUUUAAGGUGCAUUACGUGGUACUCUGUCUUCUCUGCAUUCCCCGGAUGUACAAAUACUACAUUCACACACAAGAUAGAUCUGCAAAGCGUCUUGCGAAGUCAUGUCUCAUCACCUUUUUGCUAGGGAGUAUUUGCUGGCUUUGUGAUAGUCUGCUCUGUGAGGAGAUUUCUCGCUGGUACUUCAAUCCACAAGGUCAUGCUUUAUGGCACACCUUAAUGUGUUUUAACUCCUAUUUUGCAAACACGUUCUUGAUGUUCUGUCGUGCUCAGCAACUGGGAUGGAAUCCACAAGUUCUCCACUUCAUGGGGCUAUUGCCCUACGUGAAGAUUGAAAAACCGAAGGCCCAGUGAAAGAAGUUACCAGGUGAGAAAACUGAGUCUCUCAAGCGAGGUAGGCAUAGUGUUUUGGCAUGUGAACUUUAGCAAGUAACCACAGUUCAUUCUUUUUUUCUUAUUUGUUUUGAUUUCCCCUCACUUUGACCAAUGUAAUGUAAAUGAUAUGAUUUAUUAAUUUUGGUGAUUGUGAUAGUGUUUAAAUCUUCAGUUGAAAACUAGUGGUCGGUCAUCCCAAUGUAACAUAGUUUUGUGUGCUUCAACUGCUAGAAUUUGUGGAUAAGGUUGUUACUGGGACGUUGUUUGUCGUUUCAGAUUCAGUUUUGUGGCUGUGUAAUCAGUUACAUUAUAAUCUCUAUGCUUAGUCUUUUGAAUUGAGGGUUUUAACAGCAAUGGUAUUAUUGAGGAUUUGAUUGUUAUUAA